GGGGCGGCCAGGAGCGCCCGGGACCCCCCGCCUGUGUGGCCCCGAGCCCUCGGGGCAGGACAGGGGGCGGCAAAGUCGUGGUGCCCCGUGCGGGGAAUGGGGGCGCUGCUGGCUCACACUGAUCCCAGGAGCAGCGCCCCACGCUGCAGCCGCCGCCGCGCCUCGAAGUUUGGUGGCUAAUUUGGAAAGUUGAGCCACGGCUCCAGCAUCACGACCGGUUCUGCUCACUGCCGCCUUCUCCACGGGGUCCCGGCCCCACCAACACCCGUAGCCCCGCCUGCCCGGGGCAUGUGAGCCGCCGCCCCUGAGGCCGGGCGGGAGGCUCCGGCCCCGGCGCCUCCAGGCAGCGCACGGCGGAGGGGUGCGCCCCGGUCCCAGUCGCGCUCGCCAUGGGGAUUCAGGGUAUGGAGCUGUGCGCCAUGGCCGUGGUGGUGCUGCUGUUCAUUGCCGUCCUCAAGCAGUUCGGCAUCUUGGAACCCAUGUCCAUGGAAGACAGCAGUGACAGUGAACUGGAGUUAUCCACGGUGCGCCAUCAGCCAGAGGGCUUGGACCAGCUACAGGCCCAGACCAAGUUCACCAAGAAGGAGCUGCAGUCCCUUUACCGAGGCUUCAAGAAUGAGUGUCCCACAGGCCUGGUGGAUGAAGACACCUUCAAACUCAUUUAUUCCCAGUUCUUCCCUCAGGGAGAUGCCACCACCUAUGCACACUUCCUCUUCAAUGCCUUUGAUGCUGAUGGGAACGGGGCCAUCCACUUUGAGGACUUUGUGGUUGGGCUCUCCAUCCUGCUUCGAGGGACAGUCCAUGAGAAGCUCAAGUGGGCCUUCAAUCUCUAUGACAUUAACAAGGAUGGUUGCAUCACCAAGGAGGAGAUGCUGGCCAUCAUGAAGUCCAUCUACGACAUGAUGGGCCGCCACACCUACCCCAUCUUGCGGGAGGACGCACCCCUGGAGCAUGUGGAGAGGUUCUUUCAGAAAAUGGACAGGAACCAGGAUGGUGUGGUGACUAUUGAUGAAUUUCUGGAGACUUGUCAGAAGGAUGAGAACAUCAUGAACUCCAUGCAGCUGUUUGAGAACGUCAUCUAGGACAUGUGGGAGGGGACCCCGGUGGUCAUUGCUUCUCAACCCAGAGAAGCCUCAAUCCUGACAGGAGAAGCCUCUUUGAGAAACAUUUUUCUAAUAUAUUUGCAAAAAGUGAGCAGUUUACUUCCAAGACACAGCCACCGUCACACAUAGACACACACAGACACACACACACACACAGACACACACACACACACAGACACACACACACACACACACGGUUCCUCUGGCUUGGCCAAGGAAGUGGCAGCCAGAAGGCACCCCCACCUAUUCCUAGGUCAAUAGAAAAGGCUGCCUCUGGGAUGGCCAGCCCUGGCUAGAUGUUACCCACAAGGAACUCAGAGAUCUAGAGCACCAGGUCUACAAAACUAAGGUCCCUGUGUCUUUUCUACCACUCGGGAGAUCAAACCACUCCCUGCCUAUGGACCCAUGCUCUUAGGAAGCUCCCAGAAACUCCACGGGGACAAAGAGGGAAGAGGUCUAUAGGAAGAAAUGGUUUUGGAAGCUGGGCUUGCAGCCUUAUGCUAAUGAUCACCUGGGGUCCUGGAACCCGAGUGCCAGGCUACCUACUAUGCCGUGAGCUUAGAUAGUGAGGGGCCAUUGGACUAAGACCUCCUGUAAGAGUGGGGCAGGAUUGAGGUUUUUUGGAGAAACUGAGGAAACAGUUUGUCCAUACCACUGGGUGAAGACUGCUGGCCAGUGGGAAUGUGGCUGGUGGAGAUUUCCCAACUUCCAGCACCAGGCUGGCCUCUCCCAGGUCCUCUUUGGUUCCCUGGGGAGAUCACCUGGCUCAGAGACGGACAACCAGGGAACUGGGCUGAAAUGGGAGGUCUGGUAGGGGGCAUCCCCCUCCUGUUCCCUGGCCACUUGCCACCCAGUUCCUUAACACAGUGGAUCGGCCACACCUCUGUGGCUGCCCUUGAACAGACUCAUCCUGACCAAUACAAAAAAGCACAAACUCCUAGCAGCUCAGGCUAAGCCCACAAGGGAAGGCCUGGGUCCCUGCAACCCUGAUUCAGUGGCUGAGGAAGACGCUCAGACAUCCAUCCUGUACCUUGGAGCCUUGGGGGUCUCACAGCCCUUUCCCAGCCCAGCUCGCCAACAUUCUAAAGCACAAACCUGCGGAUUCUGCUUGCCUGGGCUGCGCCCUGGGGAUCAGAGGCCACUGUUAACCCUAAGUCGGAGCUAGCCCUGAGGGCUGGGGACCUGUGACCAGGCAACAGGUCAGCAGACCCUCAGGAGGAGAGAGAGUUGUUCCUGCCUCCCCAGGCCUCGCCCAGAAGGAGCAGUGUCCCAAGAAGCAUGUUCCCUGGAGGGACAUCCCCACGAAAGUACAUUCCAUCAUCUGAAGCCCGGUCUCUGCUCGGGCCUGCCUCUGAAAGUCCACGCGUGUUCCCCAGAAGGCCAGCCCCAAGAUAAGGGAGGUCCUUAGAAGAAGGACAGGGUGACAACACCCCUAUACACAGGUGGACCCCCCUCUGAGGGCUGCACUGACCCCAUCUCCAUCCUGACCGGGGUCUUCCUUUACCCGAUCUACAGACCACCAGUUCUCCGUGGCUCAGGGACCCCCUGUCCCCCAGUCUGACUCUUCCCAUCGAGGUCCCUGUCUUGUGAGAAGCCAAGGCCACGGGAAAAGGCCACCACUCUAACCUGCUGCAUCCCUUAGCCUCUGGCUGCACGCCCAACCUGGAGGGGUCUGUCCCCUUUGCAGGGACACAGACUGGCCGCAUGUCCGCAUGGCAGAAGCGUCUCCCUUGGGUGCAGCCUGGAAGGGUGGUUCCUGUCUCAGCGCCCACCAAUAUUCAGUCCUAUAUAUUUUAAUAAAAGAAACUUGACAAAGGA